UAUAUUAUAUACGUAAGUGUUUUGAUCUAGUGCCGACAAGCCGGACUGUGAGUGCUCCUCCAGCACAGACUCUGAAAAAGAUUUGGAACCAAAUCGACAGAGUAACAAAAAGAAGUCGAAAAUUUCACAUGUUUGGAAAUAUUUUAAAAGGUCUGACGACAAGAAAUAUGCCAAAUGUCUCGAUUGUGGCAAAGAAUACAAGACAAGCGGCAAUACAUCUAACUUGCACGACCAUUUAAAAAGGUUCCAUCCUGGCGUGGAAAGAAAGAGCGCAGAAUCGAGCGCACAAGUUGUACGUGCUGAGAGGAACGUCACUACAUCUACAAGCAGCAGUUGCAGAUCGAGCAUGAACUCUGUGGCGUCUUACUUUAAAAGAGCCGUCAUGUAUGAUUCAAAUUCUAAAAGAAAGACAGACAUAGAUAAAGCUCUAACUGAAAUGGUUGCCAAAGAUGUGCAGCCCUACAAUAUUGUCGAAAACGAAGGGUUCGUGCAAUACACUCAUGUAUUGGAUCCUCGGUAUAAAUUACCCAGCAAGACGCACUUAAGAGAUGUGCUGAUGCAUAAUUAUUUUACCGAAACUUCUGCCAAGUUAUCAGCAAUCCUUGUAAAUGUUUCGAAUAUCGCAGUUACGUGUGAUUUGUGGACAUCAAGUGCCAAUGCUAGUUUUUUGACUGUGACGGGUCAUUUCGUAUAUAACUACGAAUUAAAAACAGCAUCCUUAGCAACAAAAAAACUUCUAAGCACAACUAAUCAUUGUUCACAAAACAUUGCUGAUACAUUGCGGGACAUUUUUAUUGAAUGGAACAUACUGGAAAAAACUGUAUGUAUUGUUACCGACAAUGCCAGCUCCAUGCUUAAAGCAUGUGAUCUAUUGCAUAUUCGCAAUCUGCCAUGCUUUGCGCAUACUAUAAAUCUCGUGGUGCAAGAUGCUCUAAAAGUUGAUGACCCAGUGCUUCAAGCUUUAUUUACUAAAUGUAAAUCAAUCGUUCGAUUUUUCAAGCAAAGCACUAUAUCAAAUGAAAAGCUCAAAUUAGCUCAAGAAGGCUCAGAAUAUACUUUGUUGCAAGAAACGCCCACUAGGUGGAAUAGUUUUUAUUUUAUGAUUGAGCGUAUUAUAAAAAUGAACGAUGCCAUUGCCAAAGUUUUACUAUCAACAACGAAUGCACCGCAGCCAUUUACUGCUGAGGAAAUACUUAUGCUGAAAGAUAUUGAAAAAGUAUUGGCUUUCUUUCAGCAAGCAAGCGAGAAAAUUUCUGGCGGAAAAUACGUAACGAUAUCGCUGAUUAUUCCCAUGACAUAUGGACUUUUUCGGAAAAUCGAAAGUGUUGUACCUUUACUACAAACUCUUCAAGGAAAAACUUUAAACAAAAUAUUGAUGGAAUCAAUCAAGCAACGUCUUUCCGUAUAUGAGCAGAGAACAGUCUGCAGGAUGGCUACGCUUUUGGAUCCACGGUUCAAAAAAAGUGGAUUUCAACAUAGCUCAAACGCUGAACAAGCAGCAACAUGUUUUGAAAAUGAGCUGGCCGCAAGUAAUCAACCCGUAGCACCGGAUUCAAGUUUACAGGAUACUUUGUUAGAUUUUUUGGGUGAGCGUUCCAUGAAUAAUUCUGUAAACUCAAGAGUAGAUGCAAUUUUAACUAAGAGGCAGUAUCUGGAAAGGGCAAUUGUCGGACAAGAUAUCGACCCUCUAUUAUGGAUGAAGGUGAAUCAAACUGAUUUCCCUGCCAUUGGGAGCCUUUUCGCCAAAUAUCUUUGCAUUCCGGCUACGUCCGUGGAGUCUGAAAGAACAUUCAGCAAGGCGGGCGAAAUAAUAUCGGAGAGGCGAACCCGGCUCAAAGAAAAAAAUGUUAACAUUCUUUUGUUUUUAAAUCGCAACUCUUGGCUGAAAUAAAGCAUAUUUU